AUGGAUAAAUAUUUAUUAAUAAAAUUAUUAGAAAAUUCAUUUCUUAGAUUUGAAUUAUUUAAAAAUGUAAAAUCAAUCAAUUUACAACAAAUCGGUCGACCUUUUGCGUGGUUAAUUCGUUAUGAUCAUAUAAUUGUUGAAACAUCACGUGAUGCCUAUCAUGGUAGCCAGCUCUAUAGAAUCGCACAAUAUGCCACUGAUCUAGGAAGAACCGAUAUCAUUCGUUGUCUGUUCAAUAGGUUUACAGCAACCGGAAACAAACGUAUCAUAAGGUAUCUAUUCAAUGGUAUAGAGCUAUCGGGUGCAAUCAACAAAAAGCAUCAUGACUUGGUUGACUAUCUCGUGCAGGAGAGAGAAUAUGUCAUCGAUUUCGAUAGUGCAAUAAGUGCAGCUGUCACUGCUUUGGAUUUCAACCUACUGAAAUUCCUUAAAGUCGACGACAAUGAAUUGAUGCAGCAGCAUGGUAGUACUCUUGUGGAGACAGCAAUUCUCAAUGACCAAGUCGAUACACUCAGAUAUUUGUUUGAAGAUCUAAAGAUUCCAAAGGCACCGGAACUAGCAAACCUUGCAUUGAUUUACGAUUGUACAAAGUGUUUACACUAUCUUGUGAAAGAACACAACUACAAGAUAUCGGCUAGCAUGGAUUUCAUCGCAAAGAAUAGUCUUCUUGGAGUGGAGUGGCUGCACAACAACACUGAACAUGUCGAUAUGGGGAACAAAAAGUUUUGUACAACUAAUGCCAUUGACAAAGCUGCAGAAAAUAGCUUGGAAAUAGUCAAGUUUCUCAAUGAGAAUCGAAGUGAAGGAUGCACUGUAGAAUCGCUAUACAAUGCUAUUAAAGCUGGUAAAUUCGAGAUUGUCCGUUACUUGGUGGAACAUUGUAAUAUGUCGAUGGAGUAUAAUGAACAGAUCUUCAUCUAUGCUAUUAACUAUAGGAAUAUAGAGUUUAUGCGUUAUCUCUUUGAGAGAGCAACUCGCCAACCGAUUGCCGAUGUUUCUCAUCGAUUACUUGGUCUUGUCAUUCACAUGCAAGACUACAGGUUUGCUCAGGAGAUGAUAGAGUAUCUAUGGAAUCUAUAUGGACAGCAAUGGCUAGCAAGUGAUAACGCACCAAUUAUCAUCAACCUUUCCUAUUCCCACAAGAUAACAGAAUGGUUGGUAGAACAUGGUUGUCAACUAGAAAAAGGAUAUCAGAUCGACAAAGGAAUAUUGCAAUAUACAGGUGUAGAAGAUAUCGCUUACUACCUCACUAAACAACCGAAUCAAGAGAGUUUUGAAGAUAUCUAUACUACAGUUGCAAGCUUUGCUAGAUUCGAUUUGAUAGAGUAUCUAUACACUCAGAACAUUGGAGAUAUUCAACACACCGAUUGUCCUGCACUUCAAGCUUGUAUAGAAAAGAGCAUCUCCAGUAAUAGAUUAGAUGUUUUCAAUUUGCUUUGUAGUGCAGACUAUGCCAAGAAAUAUUUACAAAAAUCAACAUUCGAAGCAGUGAAAAGCAAUCAAGUCGAUGUGUUAAAGUAUCUUUUCGAAUCACAACAGAAUGGAACCGAUUAUAACAUGUACUUUAUGCAGGCUUCUAGAGAUGGUCAUUUAAGCAUUGCAGAGUUUUUAAUACAAAAAAUAUCAGAAAAUCAAACAAUCCGAAACAACAUAAACUAUCUCAAAUUUUUAGAUAUAUUCAUUCUUAAAAUAAUCGCAGUAUCUGAUGAUAUAAGAUCACUAUGGGAUAUAGAUAGAUCAGAAGUAAUUAAAUCAAUAUAUAAAGUUAGUAAAGAUGGUGCUGGAAGUAAAGUUUUAGUGGAAUGUCCAAAGUAUCAAGUUUACAAUGGAUUUCCUCCUGGUGAGCCAGAAAAGUAUAAUCCUGUGUUGGAAGAUUGUUUCGAUCGUGGUGGUUAUUUCUGUGUAAUACGAGAUCCCGUUUCAAAUAGAGUUUUGGGUGCUGCUGUUCUGGAUACCAAGAAAAUCGGUGUAGAUAAUGACCUCUUGACUUUGGUGUUCUUUUUCAUUGGUGUGGAACUACGUGGAAAAGGGUUUUGUGUAUUGAGCGAAGCAAAACAAAUCGAUGGUGUCAAUGGUUUAUAUAUCUCUGCAAUUCCAGGCAAAAAUACAGUCGACUUUUAUAUAGCUCAAGGUUGCAAACUAAUUGAUACCCUCGAUCAAGAGUUAUAUGAAAGAGAACCAGAGGAUGUACAUUUAAUUUUAAAAUUCUAA